AUGACGAGUCGUCCUGAUUCUCUCAGCGAGAUGAUACAUUGGAUAACGGAAGACGUAACGAACGACACCUCCAUCGCUUUGUACGCGUUCGAAGAAGAACGAGUACAACAACAACAACAACAACAUCAGGAGGCAUCGAAAAAGAACAACAACAACAACACGAGCAACCACAAAACGAGCCUCUCGUUUUCUUCGUGUUCGUUCAAACUGGAACAAAAAUACACGAGGUUUGAAAUGCAAUUGGCGGUUUUGUUCACCAGUCAGAACAUUCACCAAACGCUGAAAGUUAAGCGGAAAGCACAAAACGAGGAGUCAAUCGAAAGAAGAAAAGAAAGAUGCGCGAUAUUCAUGGACAGUUCCUCGAAAUAUUUCGUCGUGACAAUUCUGGCACUUUUUUUACUCGAGAUCGAGUUUACGUGCGUGGAGACGAGCGAAGAGGUACGAGCGCUCGUAUUCGACGAGCGGUGGAAUCCGUGCACUUUCGCCGUCGCGUUCGAGCGAGACAGAACGUUUUUGGAAGAAACGCUGGGACUGCUGACAUCAGAGGAUGAUGCGAAGAAGGUAGGAGGAGGAAAAGAGUUCGUGAUACUGACCGAAAAAUCGUCGGCGUUGCGCGAGCCGCUCGACGACGCGAGGAUGAUGUCGUCCUCGAAAGGAUGUCACGUUGGAGCGAGAGACGCGUUCGUGAGGAAAGCGAUGGAGGAUUUGAAUUUAUUUUCAUCUUCCUCCGCAAAAAAUAAUAAUAACAACGCGGCGGCGACGGCGUACGUGUGCUUUACCUCGGGUACGACGGGCCGACCGAAAGGCGUGAAAACAACGAGAGAGAACAUCGAAGCGUACGCGAGGGCGAAAGUGAAGAAUGAAAAAUUAGACGCGUCGAGUAUCCUCGCGUUGGUCAGCGCGCACGUGUUUGAUCCGUGCAUAGGAGAUAUCGCGAGCGCUAUAGUUGGUAAGUCAGCGAUAGCGACGUUUUCUUCCAGAGCGGCGUUGAUGCGAGGAGGGAACGCGUUGAGAAACGCACUCGUUGCGAGCCGAGCGACGCACGUGUGUUGCACGCCGUCCUUUUGGGAGUUUGGCGGCAUGUUGGACGACGACAACGACGACAACGGUUUACUCCUUCCAAUGCACCUCAAAUUCGUCUCGCUCGGUGGCGAAAAAAUGUCGAAAUCGAUCAAAGAUUCCUUCAGAGAGAGUGGAAUUACUUUACUCAACGUCUACGGCGUCACGGAGGCUACGGUGUACCAAACGAGUAAGAAAAUUUCAACUCCCUCGUCAGAAGAAGAAGAAGUAAUGAGAUACAAAGGCGCGACGAACAUUGGCACACCUCUAGACGAGUCUUUCGCUUCCCUCGUCAUCGUCGAUAGAAGAAACGAGGACAACGAUGAUGAAUACGACGACCAGGAAGUUGCCGAGGAUAACACCGUCGGCGAGAUUGCCAUUUACGGCCGAGGCGUUCCUCCUGAAGGCUAUCUCGAAAGCAACGCACCUCCUCGCGGAAGAAACGCGUUUCGCGAUAUUCAAUUCAGAGCAGGGAUCAAAAGUGCGAAUAACGAUGACGACGUCAAAAGAAGAAGAUGUUACAUGACGGGCGAUCUCGGAUAUUUUGAUUCGAAAACGAACGAAUAUUACCUUCUCGGACGAAUCGAAUCCGAUCGCCAGGUAAAAAUUCGCGGCCAUCGCAUCGAAUUGGAAGGCGUGGAGAGCCUUCUGCGCGAGCGGUGCGAAAAGUGCGCGCUGAUGCCUAACGUGAUCGAGCGGUCGAUUUUGUGUUUCGUGGACGAAAAUAUCAGUACGAGUAGUAGUAGUAGCAGCAGUAGCGAUAAUAACGAGAAUGACGCGGCGAAAGAAAUAGUCGCGUUUAUAAAGCUCAUUGGAGAGAAUGACGACAAUGCCGAUGAAGAAGAAAACAGGCGCGCGAGGCGGAUGGACGUACUUUUGACGAUUGAUUUAAACUGUUGCGCGCCGUGGUUGUCUCUCUCGGGGAACAACGCCGCGAUGGUACCGAGAAAAUUCGUCUUUCUCGAGAAAGACGAAGACGCGUCGAUUCCACUGUCCGCGACGGGUAAACGCGAUUUUCGCGCGUUUUACGAGCGACAUCGAAGUAAAGAACGAGUCGCAGUCAAACUCGCUUGUUCACCCUAUUCUGAACGAGACGAAACGGCGAAGAAAAAAGACGAGCUGGAAACGCUCGUUGCGAAAUGUUGGGCGGAUGCGCUGUCGUGCGGCGUGAACUUUGAGAACAUAAGAAAGAACGAUUCUUUCGUGCGCCUCGGCGGUAACUCCAUGUCCGCGCUCAUCGCGUGUCGUAAAGUGCGAGAGGCGAUGAGAAAGAGGAGGAGUUUCCUCGGCGAGAACGACGAGAACGACGACGAAAAUGGUUACGAAAAUGAGGAGGAAAAAGAACCAGGGGUGAAGAAAUCCGAAGCCGGAGCGCUCUUGGCGCCGGAGAAUAUCGACAACAACGACGAGGAGCAAGAAAAUAGUACCGUCCGACGUUUAUGCGGCGCAUUCCUGGGCGUCGAUGGCGAAGGCCCGCUCGCGCCGUGCGAACUUUUAAGGCGUCCAGCACUCGCGAGCUAUUGCGCGUUCCUCAGGGCGAAUUUCGUUGGUCUGAAUUCAAAAUUGGCAUCGAAAUCAUCAUUGGCAUCAUCAUCCGCUAAAGAAAAGAGGGAAGAAGAAGAAGAAGACAAAAGAGAAGAAGAAAAAGACAAAGAGAUACAUCCAGACGUGCUCGCUGCAAAAGCUGCCGUGUAUCGGGCGUGCGCGAGAGGCACGGACGUGUCGCUCGUUUGCGCGCUCGUCGCGCCAUUCGUAAACGACGCAGAGCUUCUUCGCGAGAUUCUCGGAAACGCCGCGGCGCUUUCGACGACAAACGAGAAGAGAGGCAAAGACGGUGAUGAAAACCUUACCGCGUUACACGUCCUCACGUCUCGAGCAAACAUAAACGAAGACUAUUUGUCGGAAGAAAAAGUUCUUCCGCUCGUCGAACUUCUCGUUUGCGAGUAUAAAGCAGACGCGCUCGCGCAAACGCGAAGCGGGAAAACGACGCCGAUUCACAUCGCUGCCGCGAGAGGAUGUCCGAAGAUUUUGAAGAUUUUAUACCAAUCUCUCGAUAGUUUUGUCGCCGAGGACGAUGUCGGCACAAACGAAAAGAAGAAGAAAAAGCGGCUGUUUUUCAUGAAAGACGCGGACGAGCAAACGUGCUUACAUUUAGCCUCGAGAUCGGGGAAUCGCGAGGCGGUGAGAGCAGUCUUGGACAUUUUGUUUGAUGGUGACGAUGACCAAUUCUCGAGAUUUUCCGCAAGUGUGGUACACGCCACGGACGCCUGGAACCGCACGGGGCAAGAUUGGGCGUUUCUUUUGGGGUUUCACGACGCGCUCGAGGUGUUUUCGACGUUUUCGCUCUCAGCGUCAUCAUCAUCGUCUCGCGAACUCGGCGAAAACGAGAGGGACGUUCUUCUUCCUCUUCUUCCCGUGGAACGAGACUUGAUUUCGCUUCCCUCCAAAUCCUCCUUCUCCUCCGAGCCGUCGUCGUCGAAUACUCGAAAGAUGGAUGUUUCCAGCGAAUAUUUGGAGACGCUUUUCACGCACUUGAAGAAGAAGAAUGACAAAAACACGAUUGAAAACCGACUUCGCGCGGCGUCUGGUUUGCGAGACUCUUUGUGCGCGAACGCGAGGAACCGCCAGUUGGCGUUCGAGAGAAACGUGGCGACAGUUUUAAUCGAGACGUUGGUUUCGUUAGUCUCCGAAGAGCCAACAAACAAAAGGAUGGAAGAAGAAACGCUUCUUCUUCACGUGAUUUUUUGCAUUCGAAACGCGGCUGGAUACGGCCCGGCUCGGAAACAAUUCCUCACAGAGCUCGACGCGCUUCCCGCCUUAGCCUCCGUCGUGAACGGAAGACGAAAAGAAAAACACCCGCGCGAAGAAGGAGAAGGAAGAGAAAGCGAAGAAGACAACAUCUCGUGGCAAGCGUUAUCGGCGAUGAUUGUUCUUUGUCGAGCGAAGGAGACGAAAGAGGGAUUACUCGCGUCGAUGGAAAUGUUGAAGGAGCUCGGGUAUGAAGACGUGUGUGGUCCUAUUUUCGAGCGAACGAAUAUGAAAAUUUUGAAAACUGCGGCGUUAUCGGCGGCGGCGGCGAAAAGAGAGACGAGAUAA